AUUUUUUGUCAUCUCCAUUGGAAGCAACCGCACAGCUAACUUCGCAGCCGUCGCCCCGUCCCAGUCCUCGACCCUUCACCGUUGCUGCCUUCAUCGCAGCUCGCCCCUCCGUGUCUGCGCGAUUAAUCACUUGUGUCGAGCAACUUGUUCAUUUUACUUCUCCCCUCUUUGCUCAUUCGGAAUACUUAAGUCGGGCCCAUUUUCUUCCCAACGGUUCCCCGCAACCCUCACGAGAGCGACGCACGACUGAAGGCGAUUGGAAAUAUUACCUUCUCGUGCAUCCCACACGAUCAGACAACCUAAUACUCGAUACUCGAACCGAUCUCAGACUAAUCUGUCGACGCUCCAUUGCGAACGCGCCGACAACCGUGUUGAAGGAAGCCGCAGGUUCAAGGCAGUGAUAGUUCCAGCCGUGGACGAUCACUGCAAAUACACGACUCCCAAGCCGGCAGGAUGAACAAUCGUCAUCUGCCGGCUGGGCAAGCCAUGCCGGGGGGCGGAGGGCCAGGAGGAGGUGUCGAUAUGGGUGGUGGUCCCGGAGGGGGUAACAGACGGAGGAUGCAGCAACAACCGACGUAUGCGCAAUACCAGCAAUAUCAACAGUAUCAGCACCAGCCCAUGUAUCCAAACUACAUGAACCCCUACGCUCAGCCGACGCCGUAUUACCAUCAGCUGCCGCAUCAGUACCAGAACGGAAGCAUGCCCUCUGGCUACAUGCACUAUCAGCAACAGCAGCCCUACGUGCGGUCACCACAGGCCAUGCCUCAACCUCAAUAUGUCCCCAUGGCCGGCGUGAGCGUUCCUCAGCCGUAUUCGCAACCGUCGCCUGCUCUCUCAACGCCGUAUCACCCACCUCCCAUCCCUGCUGUCAACCCUGUUCAGACGCCGCCGCCUCCUCCGCCUCCGCACGUUGAACCUACGCCCGAGCCUUCAGUCGUCACACCUUCUGUAGUGUCCUCGGUCGUUUCUUCAUCAGUCGUCACGCCUUUCGCUGAGCCAUUCCACCCGGCCGCGGCGCCCCCAGCCCUUGCCUCUGCCCCUGCUCCCGAGAGCCCAGAGCUUCCCAAAGAUGUAAAAGAAUUUCGCGCACCACUCCCUUGGACACCUCCCGACCAAGCACCGUUCCCUAGAAGGGCUCCCAAGUCAAGGCGACGCAGAAGAUUGAUGAGUGCGAAUGCUCAGAAUCUGACACUGCCUGUGGAGCAGCACGAGGGCGCUCUCGAGUCGGCCACCAAAAGCGGCACGGAGGACAGCCUCCAAGUGAAGGCCGAUGCGAAGAAGGCAGCGCCCUGGAACUCCAAGGACACCGAUUCCGAGAGCGCUACCCUGAGAGCAGACUCCCUGACGUCUGAAACUCCUAAGGAGAGUGACAGGUCAGCGACUAGCGUCUCAAACAUGGGCAGCCCGAAGGUGAAUGUGCCGGGAUCUGAGGCCAGACCCACGACAAGCAACUCGAACGCGUCGGCGUCCCGCCCUGCUGUUCCUGUCGUCCCAGUCAUCCCAGCUCUCCCUAAGAGCAGCCCCAAGGAGGCUAAGGCAACAAGCGUCAGCCAGCCGGCAGAAGAGCUCAAGCAAGCUGCAUCUCAAGAGGCGAAGCCUGCUGAAGCAACAGAGGGCACGGAAGUCGCUGGCACGGAGCAAGAGAAGCUCGAGGCUCCUCCGGCAGCUCCCGCCAAGGCGGCUCCGAAGUCAUGGAGUGGAUUGUUCUCCGCAGCCGCCGCCGCGGCUGCUCCCAAGGCGCAGCCCGCUGUUAAUGGCCCUGUUGCUCCGGCCGCGGCCAACGGUGCCACCACAAAUGGCGAUGGUGCUGUAAACGGUAGCGCACCCACCUUUUCUGCAGGAAACACAAAUUCUCUGGCGUCUGCCAUCCAAGACUUCCGGGUUAGCAAUGCUGCCAGGGUUCAGUUCAUCGAGCCGAGAGGCCUGAUCAACACCGGCAAUAUGUGCUACAUGAAUUCAGUUUUGCAAGUUCUUCUCUUCUGUGCGCCAUUCUACAACUUCUUGGAUCAGGUCAGCAAGAAGGCUGUGCACAAGUUCAAGAGCGACACGCCCGUCAUCGAUGCCAUGAUUAUGUUCAUGAGGGAGUUCCGGGUCAUCGACUCGACUGAAACGGUUGAGAAACUGCGCCGGAAGCUCAAGAGCGAGCAGCUGGAGCAAUAUGGUGAUUCGUUCAUUCCCGAGUUUGUGUACAAGGCCAUCCAGCCUCUACCGGCGUUUGCUAGCAUGAGACGUGGGCACCAGCAAGAUGCUCAGGAGUUCCUGGGUUUGAUUCUCAAUGCCAUCGACGAAGAAUGCGCCCAAGUAAUGUCAACGAGUGGCUCUACCAACGGGGCCGCUGAAACCCGGCCUACGUCCUCCGCCGCCAGCGUUGUUGAGUCGAAUGACGGCGCGGACGGGUGGUUUGAGGUCGGAUCGAGACAGAGAGCAGUUGAGACGCGCUCUUCCGGAGCCAGCUCGACGACGCCCAUCACUCGUUUGUUUAGUGGACAGUAUCGAUCAGAGCUUCGCCGUCCUGGUGUGAAGGACUCGGUGACUACCGAGCCUUUCCAGUCCCUGCAGCUGGACAUUGGCGCCCCGUACAUUCACAACGUUGUCGACGCGAUAAAGGGUCUGACGGUGCCCGAGAGGCUACAGGGCGAUGCUGCCCCCAUGACGAAGCAGACUCUGAUUGAGACUUUGCCCCCGAUUCUCAUCCUUCAUCUGAAGCGCUUCAAGUUCGACACCGAAGGAACGACCAAGAUCGGCAAGAAGGUCGGUUACCCCCUCGACUUGCAGCUCCCCGCGGAAGUUCUCUCGAAGCGGCGACGCAACGCUCUUGUCUCCGAAGGUGUCGGCAUGCCCAAGUACAGGCUCAUCGGUGUUGUCUACCACCACGGCAAGCAAGCCAACGGCGGUCACUACACCGUGGAUGUGCGAAGGCAAGACGAAAACGAGUGGAUCCGCCUGGAUGAUACGAUCAUUCGACGUGUCCGCAGCGAGGACGUGGCCGAGGCCGGUGCGGAGGAGGAUGCCAAGGACACGGGCCGAUCCGGUCCCGCGUCGCGUGAUGCGUCGACCAACCGGUUCGGCGCAAUGGCAGACGACGACGAGGGCGAUGAUUGGAAGGAGGUCACCACCUCUGCCAAGGGCGGUGAUAAGGGCGGCGAGAAGAAGUGGAGCGCCGUGGCCAACGGCAAUGGCACCGCAUCCAAGGGCAAGCCGGCCAAGGACAACAUCAAGGACAACAAGGUUGCCUACCUGCUCUUCUACCAGCGAGUCUGAGCCGACGAAAGAGUACUCUGGGAUCCCAACAUUCAACAGUAAUCGUCGCGUCGAUAGGCGCGCGUGGGGAUGAGCACGUAAGGUGGUGGUGAACUUGCUUCAAAAGGCGCAGAUCGAGCCAUAUCAAGCAAGAGUUUGAAGUCUACAAAGUAGAAAAAGGUGAAGAAGGGAGAGAGAGAGAGAUAGAGAGGAUGCAGCUGUGGGUGCUAUGGUUGUCUCAAAUCUAAUUUGACUACACACUCGAAGCGGUAUUUCAGCAUCUCUGAUGGGAUCGAAGGGAAAGAGAGAGAGAGAGAGAGAGAGACAGAGAGAUAAGGAAAAAAGCAAAAGUUUACUAGUCAUCUGCAAAAUUUUGUAGAUGUCUUUUUUUACAACAGUUGGUGAUCCAAGCUAGGUGUGAGAUGGAGG